CCAGCAGACCCAGACGAGGCAGGCAAGCUUCGAGCUGACCCAGGGCUUGCGUCAAGCCCAGGCUGGGCUGGAGCAUCCGGGAAGCCGAGGGAAACGGUCUAGGAACCCCAAGUGUGAGCCGUGGAGAAGCUGGAGGGCAAGGCUCAGCCUCAGGCGGGAGGAGAGGUCUGACUCUAGCUGCCAGCACGCGGUGUGAGUCCGGGCUGCAGACGCCUGGCUCGGGUCCGCUAGUGCACCGCCUCCACCUCUGGCGCUGAGGCUGGGAGUUGGCGAAACUCCCUCACCUGUCGGAACCCGGAUCUGGCCGCGGGAAGGGACUGGCAGCCAGCUCCUGCUGGUCACAGUAAGCUUGGCAAGCGGCCCUGCUUGCACUAGGGCGCCGCCGCCGCCAAGGAGGCAGGUGAGAGGCUGCUUCGCGCCCCAACCUCUCGUCGCUCUUCUUGGUCCCCAGGCACCACCGGCUUGGGAUAGGUCUAGGAACAACUUUCCCAGACACGAAGGCUGCAGGUUCGAGACGCCCCGCCUCCUCUUGCCACUUAGAGCCGUUAGUGUAGGAGGAACCUUCCACUCGGCCAGAGUCUGAGGUUUUCGGACCUUGGCAGACCAGCCACGCCACCCCUGCUGCUAGCCUGCGACACCCCGAGUCCCGGAGAGACCACUCUUCCAGCAGCCCCGACGCCCCAACUUUUGAUUCGCCUACCUGGGCGCCCAGCUCCAGUGUUCGGGGGGUGCGCCUCUUCGGCAGACAGCGCCACCCGCCUCUCCCAGUUCGCUCUCCUCUCCCGCAGAAGCGCGCGGUUGGUCGCCUGAUCCGCGACCUCACAAGCGCUCGGGACUGGCCCAGCCUUAGAAUCGCCUUCCAGGGAGCUUAAGCCCAAGAGGUCGGAGCCUCUUACUCCAAACCAGAGUCGGUUCAGGUGUUUCUUCUUCUCCAAACCCUGCCCCUUGCGCGGAUAAUCCGCAGCGCCGGAGUCGGGAGCGCCGGGUCCCCGUCGCCCCGUCGGAGUGGCCAAGCCAUGGCCGGCUGCUGCUGUCUGUCUGCGGAGGAGAAAGAGUCGCAGCGCAUCAGCGCGGAGAUCGAGCGGCAGCUUCGUCGCGACAAGAAGGACGCGCGCCGGGAGCUCAAGCUGCUGCUGCUGGGAACCGGGGAAAGUGGAAAAAGCACAUUUAUCAAGCAAAUGAGGAUAAUCCAUGGGUCUGGCUACAGUGAUGAAGAUCGGAAGGGCUUCACGAAGCUGGUUUACCAAAACAUUUUCACCGCCAUGCAAGCCAUGAUCAGAGCAAUGGACACCCUGAGGAUACAAUAUGUGUGUGAGCAGAAUAAGGAAAAUGCCCAGAUCAUCAAAGAAGUGGAAGUGGACAAAGUCUCCGCCCUCUCCAGGGACCAGGUGGCAGCCAUCAAGCAGCUGUGGCUGGAUCCGGGAAUCCAGGAGUGCUAUGACAGGAGGCGGGAGUAUCAGCUGUCCGACUCUGCCAAAUAUUACCUGACUGACAUUGACCGAAUCGCCAUGCCCUCUUUCGUGCCAACGCAACAGGAUGUGCUUCGUGUCCGAGUGCCCACCACCGGCAUCAUAGAAUACCCAUUUGACUUGGAAAACAUCAUCUUCCGAAUGGUGGAUGUUGGUGGCCAGCGAUCUGAACGGCGGAAAUGGAUUCACUGCUUUGAGAGCGUCACAUCCAUCAUUUUCUUGGUUGCUCUGAGUGAAUAUGACCAGGUUCUGGCUGAGUGUGACAAUGAGAACCGUAUGGAAGAGAGCAAAGCCUUGUUUAAAACCAUCAUCACCUACCCUUGGUUUCUGAACUCAUCUGUGAUUUUGUUUCUAAACAAGAAGGAUCUUUUGGAAGAGAAGAUCAUGUACUCUCAUCUAAUUAGCUAUUUCCCAGAAUACACAGGACCAAAGCAAGAUGUCAAGGCUGCCAGGGACUUUAUACUGAAGCUGUAUCAAGACCAGAACCCUGACAAAGAGAAGGUCAUCUACUCCCACUUCACAUGUGCAACAGACACGGAGAACAUUCGAUUUGUGUUUGCUGCCGUCAAAGACACCAUCCUGCAGCUGAACCUACGGGAGUUCAACUUGGUGUAAGUGCCGUGGCCCGCUCUCCUGAGACAGAGGGGGAUCCGAGUUCUUCCUGCCUGAUCUACAAGUGCUUCUGACCGGCUGGGCCAGGAUCCACGGACAUUAUGUAGCUCACAGGAACAGAGAUGGAUAGUGCAACUAGAAAGAUAUUUGUUUUACCAACCCUUUCUAAGUGUCUAAUUCUCGACUGUCUAAUUCUUUUCCUUACCUUUUGGCUGUAAAGUUUCACUAUAAUUUUUGAGUUUGGUAUUUUACAGAAUUUUAAAAGGCCACUGUGAUUUUUCCAUUAUUUUUUAAACUAAGUGUUCAAUAGCUAUUAAAAAAUCAUGUAACAGGGGGACUUGUUAAUUUAUAGAUCAUGCCUUCAGACCUCUAGGAUUAAUUUAGAUGACUAAAACAUCUUAAUAGGCUUGAAGAUUUUUAAAUAAAUACUAAGAAACAUUU